GCAUCUCUCGUUCUGGAGAACCCUUUUCUCGUUCUAGGACACGUUCGCUUUCUUGCUUUGAACGGGCAGCGCUCGAUCUAGGUCCUACGCUCAGCCCCACGGGACGAUACUUGGGAAUAGCCGCAGUAGCAGCAGCUGAGAACGGUGCAAUCAACCCCUAGUGCGACAGUGCGGCCAGGAUGUCGACGAUAUCGACGCACCUGCGGAACUUCAAGGAGCCGACGCGGGACCAGCUCACGCAGCUCUUCUUCGCGCUCCCGUCGAGCGUGAACGGCGCGUCGUCCGCGUCCGGCUCCGCGCUCGGGGCGGAGAGCGCGCUCCCGCAGCCCCAACGGGAGAAGGCGGGCGCAGGAGAGAAGAGCGUCGGCGCGGCGGAGACGGAGCUCGAGAAGAUGGAGAUCAACGCGGUGCUCAGCCUUGGGGUGCAGGGUGAGGAGGACUCGUAUGCUGGCAAGCUGUACUUGUUCCCGCCGUACCUGGCGUUUGCGUCGCUCGACCGCAAGUCUGUGCGGUUCACGAUCCCGCUGUGUACAAUCCGCAGAGUCGAGCGGCUUAAUGCACGCGCGGGGAUUUAUGCGCUGAGCCUUUCGCUAUGGCAUGGCAUGAAGAUCGUAGUGCAGCUGACGUCUUUGCGGCCAACUGCGGACCUUUUUUGCUCGCUUCUGCGCGACGCGCUCAAAGUCGAGCUGCAGAAGGGCAAGAUGAAGGCCGUGAAGCCUUUCAUCAAGACAUGCUACUCGGAGCUCCUUGUUGCGAACGCGAGCGCGCCCGAGAACGCCGAGGAGAAGGACGGCGGCGGCGCAUCCAAACACGCCGCGAACGAGGACGGCGGCCCGUCCAGCCCCGCCGCAGACUCGAUGUACCUCGGCGGACUGGGCCUGAAGUUCAAGUUCCCAGGCGAUGCGAAAAAGCUCCGGGAGGCGUCGAAGACGAAGCUGUGGACAAACUAUCUUCGGUCACACGGACGCAACCUCACCCUUCUUCGCUACCCGCAAUGCACGCGGCUCAUCCAGGUCGGUCUUCCGAACCGUCUGCGCGGCGAGAUGUGGGAGACGCUCUCCGGAUCCCUGUACCUCCGCUUCGAGAACCCUGGGUUCUACGAGCAGAUCCUGGUCGAAAAUGCGGGGCGGACAAAUACUAGCACGGAAGAGAUCGAGAAGGACUUGCACCGCAGCUUGCCCGAAUACUCCGCGUACCAGUCGGAGGAAGGCAUCGGUGCGCUACGGAGGGUGCUCUCAGCAUAUUCUUUCAAGAACCCAGAAACGGGGUACUGUCAGGCCAUGAACAUUCUGGCGGCUGCAAUCCUCAUAUACAUGUCCGAGGAACAAGCAUUUUGGCUCCUGGAGGUUGUCUGCGAUCGUCUCCUCCCCGGUUACUACAGCCCUUCUAUGCACGGGACACUGCUGGACCAGCGCGUCUUUGAGUCACUCGUGCAGCGCUGUCUGCCCAUAUUGCAUGAUCACUUCCAAGAAGUCGAUGUGCAGAUGUCCGUGGCGUCCCUUCCCUGGUUCCUGAGUUUGUUCAUCAACAGCAUGCCUAUGGUGUUCGCUUUCCGGAUCAUGGACUGCUUCUUCUGCAUGGGCCCCAAAGUUCUCUUCCAAGUGGGGCUGGCUAUCCUCAAGAUCAACGGCGAGAAGUUGCUUCAGAUCCAAGAUGACGGGCAAUUUAUCCACCUCAUGCGGGAAUACUUCGCCUCUCUUGGGGACUCGGCGCACCCGGGUUCUACGGACCCUCGCGCCCGGGCGAUCACGCGCUUCCAAGAGCUUCUCCUCGUCUCCUUCCGCGAGUUCGCGGUCAUCACCGACGAGACUAUCCAGUCUGAGCGGCGCAAGUACCGCUCUGAGAUUGUCCACAGCAUCGAGUCGUUCUCGAAGCGCUCGGCGAUCCGGAACCUGCGCACACUGGAGCGCUUCUCGAAGGAGCAGGCCGGCCUCAUCUACGAUGCGUUGUUCAAGGCUAUUUGCAUCGAGCCGCCCCCGGCGGUGGCGCAGCCGCCUCCGACAUUGCUGACCACGAAGGGCGAGGCGGAGGAGCGGCCAGAGACGAGGAUUGGGCUGAAGACGUUCCGUGUGUUCUUGAGCGAGAUUUGCACAUGGGCGCGGACAGAGAAGAUUGUCCGCAAUGGUUUCCAGCAAAGAAUAGACCGCGAAGUCGCCGAGCACGAGCUCAUCGACCGCUUGUUUUACUUCUGGGAUACCGCUUUCAGAGGCGCGCUCUCAUUCCAAGACGUUGUCUUGGGCCUCGAUGGUGUCAUGUUCAAUGAUCUAAUGGAAAACAUCGAGUGGUUCUUCAAUCUUCACGACAAGAACAAGGACAGUUAUCUGACAAAGGACGAAGUGCUCACCUUGUCGGAGUCCCUUCUGUUCAUCUUCCGCCACGAGAUCGGGGAUGCAUACCUCGGAGCCGUCAGUCGGUUUAUGUCAAAUGCGUUCGAGUACGGCGACGCACUUCUUCCUCGGCCAGAGGGCGCCGAUCCCAAUUCCGAGCCGCCACCGAUCGAGUCAAACCAGCCGUACAUGAACCUUGCAACAUUCCGCAUGGUUGUGUUGGCGGACGAAAUUCUGGAGUCGUUCUUCGAGUUGGACUUUUCGGCGACAUUCAGGCUGGAGCCAGUCCCGAUUCAAGACAUUCCGAACUCAAACACUGGGCUCCUCGGGGACCUGUGGCACAACAUCGCAAGCGAUGACAACCGCAAGAUCUUCAAUAGGUUCACCGACGGGAUCGGAAAGACCAUCGGAAAGCACCAGGUCUUCACGCGCCCUGCCAUCGGCAAGUACACUGCGCUAGAAGAGCCAAAGGCACGCGAGUCACUCCUCACGCCCACUAUGCGUCGCUCAGCGUCCAAGGCGAGCCUCCAAAGCCCUACCGACACUCCGGCAAGCGACUCUUCCUCCUCGGUCUCCGCUCCCGCGCAGUCUGCAUCAACCCUUAGCGUGGACCAGCCCGAGGUGUCCUCCGCGACGUCCGCGGAGUUCUCGCCCAUGCCGAUGCCAAGCAUGUUCCAUGCCGCGGCGAACGCGGCGGCGCUCAUGGAGCGCACGCCAUUUGCGAUUGACGAUGCGAAGGAUGAUGAUGACGAGUCUGAUAUUGAGACAGACGUAGAGGACGACGGGGUCAUGGAUGAAGUGGACGCAUUCCUCGAGGCCCACGACUCUGGGCUGACAGAGGCUGAGCGAGAGCUCGCACAAGACCUUAUCAACGCAGAGCCCGUGAAGUAGGCGUGAUAAACGUGCUGAGCGGCUGGUGCCGGUUUCGCAGAAGGGCAUUCUAUGGCAUUCACGCGCAAGUUCGUCGGUGUACAUCUAUCUAUUCUCUGUCGCACUGUAUUCGGAGGAACAUGAACAGACCUGCUGCCUAGGCAGUGGAUACCAAUCGCACCCAUUGUGGAC